AUGCAUAUCAAACUCGACGUUCUCGCUUCGUGCAAUAUCAAGAGGAAAAAGCCAUGGCCCAGACUAGUAUGGUUGGGAAAGGAAAAAGAAAGUUUGUUUUUAAUGGACAACCAUCGUCUCAGUGUGCUAUAUGUGCCGAGUGGAAAAACCAAAAGAAAAGUUCCCAAAGUUCACCCUCAUUUGGAAAAUGUUGUUGUGAUGAGUUCAUCUCCAAAUGGUGAAUUUCUCAUUGGUUUACAGCACACUGGUAACCUAUUUCUAUGGCAUAAAGAUAAGGAUAGAGUAAAAACCAUCACAGGGCUACCUGAUUUGGCAACACACAUUCUACCUAAGGCUUUAAAAGAGAACAAAGAAAGAGAACCGCCAAGACCAAAUAUAUUUCUGUCCAACGAUGGAUGCAAGCUUAUUGUCGUAAUUGGCAAUAGUCGUCUAUUUUUAUGGGAGAUUGACAGAGCAUCCAGUUUGUAUUCAAAUACACCAAAACAAAAUGAACUCAAAGGAACAUGGUCACAUAUUGCCACUGAAAGUAGUAUCAUGGUGCCAACCCAACAAACCAAGGAAACAGUCGUUGAUGCAAAUUUUGAUGUCAGUGCGGAUCUUCCCGAGGAUCUGCACCCUUUGACAAUCAUGCAGUCCAGUCUAGAAUACCUGGUGGAAGCCGCCGUUCCUGGAAUGCCAUUUAAAAUAGAUGAGGAGAGUGGGACGCUACGACCUCCUUCAUCACCUGUGGGAUUGAAGAGAAGUCCCUCAGCUGCAUCCUUAGCAUCAAUGGGUUCAUUCAAUGUAGAUGAGGAAGCAAAUGUUGAACAGGUGUCUAAGACUAUAACAGACAUGUUAACAGCGGCGGCAAUUUCUGGACUGGAUGCAACACCAUGGUUGUUGACUAAAAUAAUAGAUCGAUGCAAGUCACUGGUUUCGCAGUUGAAUGGAUUGGUACCUGAUGGUCUCUACCUGCCAGCCCCUCCUUUGUACUGUCCUCAGCCAGCUACUGCCUCUGCUGCUAGAAUUAGAGCUUGUGAGAAUGAUGGUGUGAGUCGUAAGGAUAAAAUAUACCACAUGAAGACUGAAGAAACAGAAGAAGUGAUACAAGAAAGACAACUUCGCCAUGAUAUAGCUAACACUAUACAAUUGUUUUUACUGGUACUGACGUCCGCUAAUUGCACCUUAUCCUGUACCAAGUGGUACGUUGAACAACUCGUAGACCUACAGGAUACUUUAAUAGCUGCAACGGGGGAUGAAGAAGAGGUUUCGUUUGUUAUUGACAUUCCAAAGUCUUUAAUUGAUCAUGUGGAUCUAGGUGUGGAUUUAAUCCAAGACAUGAAAGCCCCACCACCAGUGGCACAGACGCUGACAUGUUUCAGAGAUCUCUGUACACUGGUCUGGUUGCUGCAUGUCAGGGACAAGUUUUCUGCAUGUGCUAGGAAGUACCAAUCCAGUCGAGAAAAGUCUGUUCAAUUUAAGCCUCAUGACACCAUUGAAUUCAGUGAGAUUUUACAUCUUCUUUUGGACACUCUGAAAUGGGGGCUGUGUUUACUACCGUUCACUCACUACCUAGACAUGGAGUCUGGAAUUCAAGACAUGGUGCUGACUCUUUUAUCUGAGUUACCAACAACAAAGAACACUGCAAAUAUAUUAGCUGAGUAUUUCUACCAUCCAGAUGUUGUGUCACCUGCCGUGGAGGAGAAAUUCCAAAGAUGUAUGGAGAUCAUGAAAACAGUACAUGUCCCACAAUCGAGGUAUGGGACCAGUGAUUCAGAUGAUGCAAGACCAAUCAGUCCAGGAAAAAACAAACGAAAACUGCCGCCUCAACCCAAACCACUGGCAGAUUACUUCCAGGAGAGGUGUAAAGAGAAGCAGAGUGAUCUAGAAACGAGAAGUCAGAGGCACGGAACUCUGGAGAUGCAGGUGUUCAGCACGGUAAGCGAGACUUCCAAGCCGAAACUGCCAGUUGUUGGAGCGAGAGAGUUUGAAAGCAGUGAGCUCUUCCUAGAAUUCCUUGAUACUUUCUUCCUAGUGUCGUUCAAUAAGCUGACAUCAGCGUCGGAGAGCUCUGUUGAUUUGAAAGUCAAUCUUCCUCUCUUGGCACCAUUCAGUGAAGCCAUAAAAGAACAGGAGUUGACUUCUAUUUCACAUAAAGUCAUCAAGAGUAUUCAUCAGAGGCAUGGUAUCAGUUUGCAGUCCCCAUCAUUAUCACGCAGUCAGAGUUAUCAAGAAAUCUCCCCUCGCACCAAGCUUGACUUUAUAGAGAUUCGCAAGAUGAAGGACCAUGGGAACAAAAGUCCCUCUCCAAGACGUCGUGGGGGUCUGUUCAGGAGCUACAGCUUUUCAGAAUCUCUUGUUCAGAAAAGUAAACCAGUGAUACAGGUGGUUCAUAAACGAUAUGGCAGCCAAGGGAGCAUUCCUACGCCGGAAAAAGAGGCUGUAAUAUCGAGAAGUCAGAGUGAAAGUGGAGCUGAUGGUCAAAGAGUCGGAUUCACACCCAGAAGGUAUCCAUCAUCUGACUCUCUCCCCGGUGAAGUAAUCAAGCUAGGUAGGAGGAGCUCCAGCAUGACUGAUGUUGCAUCCCUUGGAAGUGAUAUAUUUGUUAACGCAGGACUUUCACAUGGUUUCUCACCUUAUGCCAACAUUAAUGUCAAACUGGAUCCUAAAUAUGACGAUGUGACACAGCUGAUGGAAUGGCUCACUCGAUGGUCUGGAAAGCAUCACAUCAUCUCGCAGCGUAAACAAAGCCUUACACAAGGUGCUGGCUUACCAUUCGGUCAGCCUGCUAUGAGAGUAAAUCUUCCUUUGCAGCUAGUCCAUAACUGCCUCUGGCUGAAUGAUAAUAAAUAUGCUCAUCCAGAACAAGGUGAUGAGGAUCCUGACAAAACGAUUGAAAAAAGUCCAGUAUUUUUAUAUAAUGUGACUGAAGAAGAACUCCUAACCGGUGAAGACACCUCACCCAAAGAGUCCAAACAGAAAAAAGGACGGAAAGAGAAAAAGAAAGAAAAAAAGGAGAAAAAAAAGAAGAAGAAAUCUAAGCGAGCUAAAAGUGUUCAAAUUGAAGACAGGGAUGAAGAGGAAGUGCAGGUGGAACGCUGGCACACUACCCAGAGAUUACGAAGACAGCUUGAUUACUCUAUACCAGAGCGAAGUGAAUCACCCUAUCAAGGUAGAUCUCCAGCACCGAGUAACCUGACUGAGGAUAUGACAGCAGUCAGUCCACUGCCUUCUAUAAUGUCACCAUUUGCAGAGAGAACAGACCAGAUGGUGACACCCGAUGAGGGCAGCAGAGCGACACCACUUUUCAGUGAGCCACUGGACUCACAAAUGGAACCAUUGAAGGUCACUUUUGAGAUCCAGGAAAAUCAAAAAGAAAGUGGCACUGUGAACCUAGAAGAGCAUAGCGUUGAUCUUGAUGAUUUAAUGCAACAAGCCGAGAGAGAUAAUGACAACAGACCAGUACGAGACAGAUCUAGAAAUAGACAUCCAUCACGCGAAAGUGAACGAAGCAUGCACAGUAUCGAUACCCAGGUGUCUCCAUCACAAUCACAUGUUGAUACCCAGACUGGACAGACUUUGAAAUUGCUGGGAGAAAAUCAAGUCCCUGUCACAGUGUAUGGAUCACACCAGAUGGAACCAACACUGAUGUGCCACCUUAUAUGCAUGGAACUACUUAUUCCGCAGACUCCAGUCACACAGUGCCUCGGCUAUGCCUUUCCGAUAUAA